GCAGGUUGCCAUUGGUUUGGGUACAGAACUGCACACACUAAAGACAGACGUUGUGAAUUCCCUUUUUUACUCAUUUCUUCCAGAGAAGAGUACGGAGGUUUGAUCCCGCGCCUCUUAUUUAAAAGGCAUGCUGACUGACCAUCUAACCUACUGUCUCAGCGGCAAUGAAACGUUAGUCGUCACACUAUUAUUGUUGUUCUGGUAGCCUGUUACGGCAUACGACCUUCAGUCUUACACUUGCAGGUUUUCCAGGCACCAAUUAUGGCUGUUCUUAUCCCAAAUUUCCAUAUAUAUAGAGAUGAUCUUGAAUUCCAGCAACGAAGAAGAAGAAAAAACGCGCGCCAUAUUCACGCAAGUAGUAAAAAGUUCGUAGAGCAAGUCAGUCUACCUCUCAUCCAAUCACAACUCACAGCUGGCAUCUACGUGAUAUGUUUAUUGAAAAUAACGAUCUUCACUGUCCUCCACUGGUAUUUUCCUGCAGAUACAUUGGCUCCAAUCUGGCAUAGCUAUGGUUGAUACAGAACCUGUUAUUAUGGGGAUUGAAUCAGCAACCUCUCUGAUAGAACAGCUUGGCAGGUCAUUCCAUGAACUAGAUUUUCACAAGGAUGUUGCUGGCAUUACAGUUCAGUGGAAGGAAAUUGAAGAACAUUUCUACAAUCUUGAGAGGAUGUUGAAGGAGAGAUCUGUUGAAUUAGAAGCAAAGGAAAAAGAAUUUAAGGAAAAGGAAUCUGUGAUCCAAUUAUUUCUUGCAGAGAGAGAAGUGGCCGUUGCUGCUAAAGAACAGGCUUCAGUUGAUCGGGUUCAGGCAAUAAAAGAAACUGCUGCUGAUGCCAUUGCAGAAGCAAGGGAAAAAGAAAACUUGUUUCUGGAGUCUGUCAAUGUUGCAGGCAACAGAGAAAGAAAAGAUAGUUUCGUGGAUCAUUCUGCUUUGUGCUCUCCCAGAAAAGGGAGGGAUGACUGUCACAUCAACUGUGCAUUAUCUUUGCAAGAACAAAGAGACGCUGAUAGAGUUCCUAAACAAAGUACUGAUGAAGUUUCAAAUGAUGGAAUUACACCAGGUACUGGUGCAGUUUCAUUCUGUUCAGGGGAUGCCACUAGAUUCCAAUAUGAGGAUUUUCUUAGAGAAUACAGUGGGCAAGGAACUCAACAAAAUGAUUGUAUAUGCUCAAAUAAGAUAGCUUCUGAAGUUAAAAAUGAUGUUGUUGGGAUAAAAGAAUUGGAUGCCCAUGCUAAUAAUCUGGUCAAAUGUCCAACUUUGUCAACUAAACCUAUCAAUGUAAAAACUGAAUGCUCCGAUGGUGACUUGCUAAGUCCAUACAAAGAUGAUAUAAAUUGCCAUGAUCAUGUUCCUAAACCAAAUGCUAUUGAUGUUUUUACUACAGUAGAUUCUGGUAAAGUACAAAAUGCUGGUGGCUGCAAGAAUGAAAAUUUGCCUAGUGACUGUAAUAGUCAAGGAGAUCAAGAUAAUUCCCUUAAAUGCUCAAAUAAGAUGAUCUCUGAAGCCAAUGCUCUUGUUGUUCGGAAAAAUGUAGAUUUCCAUGUUCGUAAUCUGCUUCCACAUCCAACUUUAUUAAAUUCUUCUGUCAAAGUUAAGGUUGAAUGUUCUGAUGAGCCCCUAACAAGUCAACAGACUCAACACAGAGAUUAUAUAAAUGGCUAUGCUGGAGGGCUUCCUGGAAAAGAUGAUGCUGAAGUUCCAAAAAGUGGAACUAUGGUGGAUUCUGGAAUAGUUGCUAAAUAUUCCCAAAAUGCAAAUGGUUAUCAAUAUGAAGAUCUGCCUGGGAAUUGCAAUAUCCAAGGAACAUGGGCAAAUGAUUAUUUUUGCUCACGUAGGGUGACUGCACCUGUAGUUAGAGGCAGUGCUUUUGAGCCUGAAAAAAUGAACUUCCAUGCUCAUAAUCUGCCCCAGAAUCUCCCUUUAUCAACCUUUCCUGUCAAAGUAAAAGUUGAAUAUCCUGAUAACUUUGGAGAAUAUCCCUUUGGGGAUGGCAUAAAUUUCUAUGCUGGUAGAAUUCUUGAAGUUAACACUGCUGAAGUUCCAAUAAAUAAAGAUACAAUAGACUUGCCUGGAGGUUGCAAUAGGCAAGUAACUCAAACAAAUAAGCUUAUCUGCUCAGAUCAGAUGACACUUGAAGGCAAGGUUGUUGGUCCAAAUUCAGUGACUGUUCAUGCCCACAAUCUGCCUCAGCACCCUCAACUGUCAACUUUUCCUGUCAAAGUAAAGAUUGAACAUUUGGAUAACAACCUAGUAAGUUCACAAAGCAAUUGUAUACAUGGUUCUGCUAGUGAAGAUAAGCAAUUAGCUAAGGUCAAUAGUGAAAUUCAUGGGGAAUUCGGAACUGAUGAUUAUGAUCACAUUGGGUUGAAAGAGAAGCAAAGGAUGCUCUUAUCAAGGAACCCUGUUGGAAUGGCUGCAGAAAUGGAUGCUUCAAACCUUUCAGAGAGUGUACCUCUGGGGAGCUUUUACCUUAUGAAGAAUAAUAAUCAGCUUGGUGCUGGAGUUGGAAGUGACAAGAGUGGUUCUGUUGACAGACAAUCAUCAGUAGGUGGAAAUUAUUCUGAUAGCAUUCCUCAAACAAAAGCUUCCAAAAUUCAUGCAAUUUCAAGAUUUAAUUCUUCUGGUGGUUCUAUCAUUGGGGUAUCUUGCACAAUCCCUCAAUGUUCACCAAAGGCCAGCAACUGCAGAGAGAGCCAUCCAAAUAAACCUACCCAUGUUCUGGGGGUUCAUGAAAGUAACAACGUAUGCUCAACUCAAAUGUCUUCCACAGAGUUCAAAUCACUUGUUGGAGAAAAGGAGCUUGUGCCUGUUAACAACAGGGUGCUUAGUUCAACCUCUCUGAUCCCUCUAGGCAAAGUAAAGGUUGAGGAGUUGGGGAGUAACUUACAAGUCUCAUGCAAGAAUGUUUCUGGUAGUCAUUCAAAUGUUAACAUGCUAGUAGUGAAGAGUGAAUUGGAAAUGUAUGAUGGAAUUUAUGAUCAGUUAGACCAUAUGCCACUUCGAGAACGGAUGGAGUUCCUCGUCUCAAGAAAGUUUCCUAAGUUAGAUUGCCCCAGAAACUUGAAACACUCACGGAAAGAUAUGCCUAAUCUAGGAAAUCAACCUCCUGCUUCGGAAAAUACUGAAUCUGGAGGCAUCAACCGUCGACGAAAAAGGAAAAAGACUGCCACGGACUCGGUUGAAACAGCACUAGAAGAAGAUGCUCCUGGGCUUCUUCAGGUGUUAGUUGACAGAGGGGUAACGGUUGAUGAAAUUAAGCUGUAUGGGAACAUGGACGAGGAAGAUGCCUUGGAUGAUUCACUGAGUGAAGACAGCUUUGUGGAGCUUGAAGCUGUGAUUUCUAAGAUUUUUUCUGAGCGCUCCUCUCUAUUGAAGUUUGCUCCAAUGCGUUGCACAAGGGGAUCCAAAGUUAGUUAUUGUUUGGCCUGUUUAGUAUCACUCGUGGAGCAGACACGUUAUUUACAGUUCAGAAAAUGGCCUGUUGAAUGGGGAUGGUGCAGGGACCUCCAAUCUUUUAUUUUUGUUUUUGAAAGACACAACAGAAUAGUUCUGGAGCGCCCUGAAUAUGGUUAUGCAACAUAUUUCUUUGAGCUAGUAAAGUCAUUGCCCAUUGACUGGCAGAUUAAACGGUUGGUGACUACCAUGAAGCUUGCUAACUUUAGCAGGAUUACCCUUAUUGAGAACAAAUCACUGCUGGUUGGAGAAGAUCUGGCUGAGAGUGAAGCAAAGGUUUUAGAAGAAUACGGUUGGACACCAAACACUGGAUUAGGUUCUAUGCUCAACUACUGUGAUCGAGUCUAUCAUGACAGGAAAAAUGAGAAAGAUGGUUCAGAGUGGAGGUCAAAAAUUGGGAAAUUGCUGAUGAAUGGCUAUAAUGGGGGGAACAUUGUGUUGACUAAUCUCCCCAAAAAGGUCAUAGGGUACAAGGGCAUUCAAAAUACACAAAUGAUAGGAUACAGUGACGCACAAAGCACACAAACUAUUGAAUACCCACAAAUCAAAUUGGAGCUUUAAUUUUUUGAUGAGUAAAUUGGAGCAUUAACUUGCAUUCUCUCUUCAUAGCUUGUAAAUACCCGCUGACAAGUAAUAUUCCCCUUGCUUGAGGAAGCUACAUUCAAUUGGCCUUUCAAAUUUGGAUACGAGCAGGCGUUAUCGAGUUGGGGAGUCAGUGGUUGAGUUGAAUGUCAAUCCUUCUUGAACUUGUCCCAUCUAACUGUACUUAUGAGGUGCCAGUUUGUGCCACCUGAAUUUUUUCUGAAAUUGGAAUUUGUGGGUAACAAUAUGCUUGAGCAGUUGACCACAAAUUGGCCUUCAGGAGUGACAGGCUUCUCGGAUCUGAUUGCAGUCGCUACAAAGUUUUAGUUGCUGCUCAAACUAGCUUCUGUUUAAGCUUAAAAGGCCAUAUUUUCUCUGUACAAAUCUUUAUAAUUUACAUCAUGUAUAUAUGAGCCAUUCGCUAAUCAAGGAAGGAUAUGCAUAUGCACAUUUUGUAUUUUCUUGUGAUGUCGAUGUUUGAUAUUUUCCUCUUACGAGAUGUUCAAGGCCAUCAAUCUAUCCUGUAUUUCUUUGU